GAAUGCACCGGGCGGGUCAGCAGUGGUGUUAAAAUCCUCUAUGCGCGCCACUAAUAGCAUUGGAUCCCCUAUCAGUGAAUCAGUAAUAGCAUUCGAUCCCUUAUAUUUAGCUCGGGACUCCAUUAACACCUGUGCUCCUCGGGGUAAUAAGUUCUGGUACCCUAUAAUUUUCAAGUGGGGAAUCAAAUACUAUUAUUAACUUGGCGAUGCAAGUCUCCCUCUCUCCCUCUCACGUGGAAAGGGGAUUAGAUUGCCUUUCCUUCCAUUAACAGCGUGGAUCCUCUAUCAUUUGCACACCAGCGUGAGAAAAGAGUGUUGGAAACUGCUUGUGUGGGAUCUAGUUCUCUAUAAAGACUGUGUCGUAUGUUGGUUCAUAUUUUUUUUUUACUUAUUUUUUUUUUCUUUUUUAAUGUUUGAAUGGUAGGAUGGUGAGCGUAAAGGAACAUAAAGAAAGAACGAUUAGCAAGAAAUUAUGAGAAGGAAAGAUGUGUAAAUGAAAUGGAAAGAUAGGAAACAGAUGGACAGAGGAAAGAAAAGGAAAAUAUGUAAGAGAAAAAGAAACUGUAACCAAUAACGAGAGAGAGAAAAAAAGAAAGGCAUAACGAAACGAAGGAAGAGAAAAUUAAAAAAAGAAAAAUAGAGAAAUUAAAACUAGCUUGACAAACUUUUAAUGAACAAAGGAAAGAAAGAGAAAGAAAAGAAGGAAAAAUAGGUGAAAGAGAACAAAAAAACAAAAUCACAAGGAGGCUGUAAGAACAUCGUAACACACUGAAAAAAAGAAAGAAAGAAAAAAAAAACUUAAAGGGGAUCAUAAAAGGAAUAUCAUAAAAAAAAGACCGUAAGAAUAUCAUAAGAAAACAGCAAGAUAAAUCAGAAAAAUCACCCCUAAAAAAAAAAAUCGCAAAAAAGAUGAAAAGAUCGUAAGAAAAUUGCAAGAAAACCUGAAAAUUGAAAAAAAAAAUCUUAAAAAAAACAAACUCGCAAUAAAACAUAAAAUCGCAAAAAAAAAUCAUAAGAAAAAACAUCGUAAAAAUAUAACAAGAAGACCAGACAGUUAACUACCAAAGAAAUAAAGAAGAAACAUCACAACAAAACCAUAAAAAAAAAAACAGUUGCCAGUUCAUAAGAAGAUCGCAAGGGGGAGUCAAAAGGUCGCCGCCCCAGUAAUGGAAUAGUGUCACCGCCCCCACCCAGCCCCCACCCCCCAGCCAUGUGUGGAGACCGAGUGCCAGCUCGCACUGGUGACAACAACUCUAUGGGCCGUAACCUGAGGGCUGCCCGCUGGCUGGACUUCACGGACAAGGAUGACGAUGAUGGUCUCUACCAGCCCUGCUCAGACUCAGAUUCCGAAGCCACCAAGAAGAAAGAAGAGAACAACCAGGAGAACAACAACAACAAUACGACCAGCAACAACAACAAUAGCAACAGCAGUACUAGUAACAGCAAGAUCAGAACACACAAGCGGACAGGAAGCGGUGGAGGAGUCGGAGGCAGUGGAGGCGGCGGCGGGAGCGGUAGCGGAGGCCUUCUUACUGCCGCCGCUGCUGCUGCUGGGGCGGCUGUCGGGGCGAGCUUGUCUUCGUCAGUGCCCAGAAGAACGUCAGUGUCGGUGAAGAGACCUUUAGAUAUCGUACUGCCCUGCCAAGAGAUUCAGUACCUCGAUAUUUGCUACCAGAAGGUUGGCACUGUUAUGGUUCAAUACAGCCCAAUCCCCCGUAAGAAGAUCGCCUACCAGCACGUGCCAUACAUCUCCAUCCCUUACUGCGAGGUGCCCUACUGGAGUACUUCGGAAAGGCCCAUCAAGCGAAAACCACUGCAGCGUUCUCACUCCAUCGCUGUCGCUGACUUGAGAGAGCCUGAGGACUGCGAAUGGUCGUCUUACAAGCUUAGUUUCAGGUGAAGGAGAGAGUGAGUCGCCUUGUGAUCGCACCUGCUGAGACUUACCUUGAGGACGCAAGACUCUCAAGCAGGAACUUAUUCAAGGAGAAAAUAUGGAGAAAAACAGAAAAAAAAAUGAAAGUAAAAAUUAAAUGAUGUCUUGGUAUUCGGCUGAGAGGAAGAAGAGGAAGAGGAGGAGGGAGGAAGGGAAGAUAAAGAAGAGUAUGGAAUCUAAAGUGGAUGGAAUAAUGGAUGUUUUUUCUCCACUCCAGCUUCUACUCACGGACCAGUGGAGGCUGAGGCAUGUGGAGGCAAUGUGGAGUGAUGCAAAGUGGAAAUUUACCCAAGCGACAAGGUGGAACACACGUACACAUAUACACACACGUGCACAGUGAAGCCUGAACUGGAAUGCAUCUGACUUGUGGUGCCUGGAAGCUCAAAGAGGUGCUGGAAGACUGGAAGGAGUUUUGUGGGUGUGCAUGAAGACUGGAAGAGUGUUUAGAUUGCUUUGGAAAGAAUGAAAGUUGUAUGAGGUUGUACUGGAAGCCUGAGAAGUAUAUUAUGGGUUGUGCUGGAAGACUGGGAAGUAUGUUAUGGGUUGUGCUGGAAGACUGGAAGAGUAUUUAACAUUGUACUGGAAAGAAUGGAUGGAAAAUUGCAUUGGUUGUACUGGGAGCCUGGAAGAGUAUCAGGUUGUACUGGAAGAGUGUCAUUGUACACUGGAAGACUGGAUGUAUAUUAUGGGUUGUACUGGAAGCCUGGAAGAAUGUUUAGGUACAAUGGAAAAUUAGAAUAGUAUAGGAUGCACUGAAAGAUUUGAAGUGUAUCAUGAGGUGCACGGAAAUGCUGGAAGAGUAUUACUGGGUACUCUGGAAAGUCUGGAAGGUAUACUGGAAAGACUGGAAGGGUGCUAGAGCGAGUUUAGCUUUACAAAAUGCAGGAAGGAAACCCAGAUGAUAUUAAGCCGUUUAUUUAUUGAUGUGGUUGUGUUUGAGAAUUCUUUGACUGGAAAUGACUGUGGAAAAGUGAGGAAGAGCUCUGAACAUUACUGGAAUAGUGAUCCUGGAAGAGUGAUGCCAGAAAAGUCUUCAUAGAACUUUGAAAAUUAUUGCGAGUGUGUGCUACAGGGCUCUGAAUAUGACUGGAAAAGUGACAAUAGAGUGUUCUGGAAGUUAUUGGAACAGAACACAAAGAUUUGAAGGGAAUUGGAAAGUCUUUGUAGAACUUUGGAAAUUAAUGAAAAACGUGCAUUGAGUUUUGAAGAUUAUUGGAAAAAAGUGACAAUGGAGCUUUUAAGAAGUUACUUGAGGUUUGAAAAUUACUGAUAUAGGUGACAAUAUUGAACUUUAGAAGAUUGUUAUUGGAAAAGCAACAAAGGACAUUAUCUGAAGAAAACAGAAAACUGAGUGUGGAGCUUCAAGAAUUGUAACAAAGAUGUGAAGCAUUGAAAAUGUGGCUCUGUGGAUGGAACACUGAUGGAUCAAGUGCAUAAGUGGAUGCAAAGUUCAAGAAAGGUCUGCCGAAUACAAGAUCAUCGCAGUUAAACUUUUUUUUUAUUAUAUGAAUGACAUAAAAAGUUCAGAUGAUUGUUAAUGGAAGAAAUUGAUGAAAAUAUAUGCCUUGGUGAGUGAGUGAGUGAGUGAGUGUAUGGUGCUUGAAGAAAAUGAAUAAAAACAUAAAUAAAAUUAAGCUUAGGGCGAAAAAGUAUACAUGAAUAAAUGAGAAAAUGGCUGAAUUGAUAAACCACAGAAAAGAGAAAAAAAAAGCAAAAAAUUAUUCAUAGAUUAGGGAGAGACAAAUGGACAACAAUAAACAAAUAGAUGAGAGAAAAAUAGAUUAACUUAAAAGAUAAAAUACACAAAACACACACAAAAAAAGAACCCCCCCCCCACACACACACACACACACAUGUAUACAUAACUACUAAGAUAUACAUGAAUAGAUAAGAAAUACAGACAUAUAUUUUAUCCCCAAACAUUUUUUUUUUUUAGGAGAAGCAUUUUUUCUUCUUUUUUAGUAACAUUUUUUUUUCUUUUUUCUGUACCUUCUUUUGUUAUUAUUUUUUUCCCAGCACAUGGACUCUUGUUAGAUGAGGCACGCUUUCUGCUCCUUUUUUGUUUCCUUAUUAACCAACCAACAUGACAUGGGAAGAGAGAGAGAGAAGGAGAGAGUCAGUUUUUGUAUAAGUAUUUUUUAGUAUGGAAACAAAAACAAAUAAUAGGACAAAAUAUUCUGUACUUUACUGUGUGUAUGUGAGUGUAUCUGUGAUUUUGUCUAUAUAUUUUUUUCUUUCCCCCUUUUCUUCAUUCCUACAUUUUUUUUUUUUUCCAAUGUUUGUGUGUUGUUAUUUUUUUAUAAAACCUCUUUUUCCUGAUUCUUAUCUUUUUGUUCAGUUUCCGAAGUUUGUAUGUGCAUGUGUGUGUUUAUUUGUUUGUUUUAUAAUUUGAGAAACUGUCUUCCCUAUUUACUUCUUUUUCUUUAUAUUUCUUACUUUCUUGUCUGUCUAUUUUUUCCUAUUUUUUUUGUAAAUGUACAUGUGAUUUUUUUUUUUGUCAUUUAUUUCGUCUUGUCUUGUGUUUAUCAUUCUUUCUUUCACUCUUCCUUCAUUUGUCUGUUACCUUGCAUAUUCAGACAUUAUUAUUAUUAUUAUUAUUAUUAUUAUUAUUAUUAUUAUUAUUAUUAUUAUUAUUAUCUCUACUAUUACUUUUACGUCUUAACUAUUCUGAUGUCUCUGUGUGGAGGUUGUUUUGAUGCAUUAUGGUGAUAUUUCUGUUAGGUUUCAUCUAUUUCUUCCUUUACUGACUUUUUCUUGUCUUUUCUUUAUUAUAGCCUUUCCAAUUCCUAUCUACUCAAUCUUCACUUCUUCAAUCUGUGUUAUUAUUAUUAUUUAUGUAUCUAUAGUACAUGUUCUUCUAUUAUUAUUAUUAUUAUUAUUAUUAUUAUUAUUAUUAUUAUUAUUAUUAUUAUUACCAGUAUCAUUUCUCCAUCUCACGUUCAACAAACAUGGGAGAGAAUAGCACUUUUUUCCACCCCCUACCUUCGCACCUUUGUACAUGAUCCAGAUGGUUGAUAUUCCCUCGUGUGCAAGCCUGAAUUUGGCCCUUAGGAACGCAUUACAUUAUUAUUGCUAUAGUCAGCGUGUGAACAAAGGGCUAAAAAAAGAAAAAAACAGAUUGCUUCAUUAAAACCUCUUUCUUCCUUCAUUUUUUCGUAUUUUUAUAUAUAUGUAUAAUGGAGAAAUAUUAAUUACUGUAUACAUAAUGUUAUUUUGAGGAGAGAACCUUUUUUCUUUGUGAGUGCUUUUUAUAUGUUAUUUAGGUAAUCUAGUUCUUAAGUCGUGUCUGAGAGCCAGUCAUACAUACAUACACAUACCUUCCCUUCCUUAACCUCCUCCUCCUCCUCCUCCUCCUCCUCCUCCCCACAACUAUUUUAUUUUUUUUUUCUGGUAGAUAGAAAAGAAUGAUUGGAAAAUGGAGGGUAUAUUUUGAUAUUAGCAUGUAUACUGUACCGUGUGACUUCACGUAUAUGUGGAGUGUUUGUAUAACUUCUGAAUUUCAACUCUGCACCAGAAAAUGAGCCAGUUGAAGAAAGGAGAUAGAGAAAAAAAAAUCACAUGAAAAACCAACAAGCAAAAGAGAAGAAAAGGAAAUACUAUGCUAGAUUGUUUCCUCUUUUGUGAGUUAUGAAAAAAAAAAAAAAAUUCAAAACUAAAGUAGUGAUUCUGGAGUUUUCAUAAAGACAUAAACUCAUUUCUUAUUAUUUUGUGCGAGAUUUGAGGGAAGAUAGAAUGAACUUAGACACGAAAGGUGGACAUGAUGAAGGAACAAGACUGAAUGAAUGUACAAAAAGAGGUGAUAUAGAAAACAAGAAAAUGAUACGAGAUAAUGAAAACGAGGUGAUAUACAUUAGAAAAGCAAGACAAAAGC